AACGAUAUAAACUUGAGAUUUCUUACUCAUGUAUUAAGUAAACUAUGAACAUGUAAUGUGACAACUGUCUCGAUUUGUUCUGUAUCUCACUGAAAUAAAAAAGUUUAUAUAAAAAAAAAACCUGUUCCAGAAAGCUCUUCUGGGAAAAGUUUUGGUUAUGAAAACAUGUUCCCAAGUCUCCUCUUUCGAAUGGUGAAAAUUGAAGCUCUUUAGCUUUUUCCUAUCGAAAGUUAUUCAGAAAAUAGUCAUAUACCAUUCUUUUUUUGGAUGGACAAUAGAUACGGGUUCAACAAUAUCAGCUGUCGACGUAUCAACAGCAAAUAACGGCAGUCUACAUGUUAAUGGAAUGAUUGGAUUACAAAUUUUAAUCAACAAUAUUACAACAUCAAUUAACGCAUUUGUCAUUGAUGACCUGUGUACUGAUGCAUUAUUGGGUAGCGAAUAUUGUGAUAAAUACCACGUAGAUAUUAGUUAUUACUUUAAAAAUUUAACAAUUCGAUCACAACAUCAGCAAACAACAGUCAAGUUUGAAGGCCACCUCAAUAAUCGUCAAAUAUAUUAUAUUAAAACGUUGCAAGAUGUAAUGAUACGACCAUUAACAGCAAAAGUUAUACAAGCAACAACAACAGUGCCUCAAGUAACGACGGCUAUCUUUACACCAUCACCAAAAGUGAUGAACAAACAACAUGUUGUGGCCCCAAAUACGUUAUUAAUUGUCAACCACAAUAUACCGCAUUCUGAAUAA